AUGCUAUUCAGUGUUAAAUUUUUGGCAUUAUUUUUGGCUUUCCUAUCUCUGACUACUUCAGAACAUUUAUGCCAUAAGAGUUGUACCUGUGAUGAAAACACAUACAAUUGCAAUGGAUGCAGCAGUCCUUAUGGCGAUCCUUCUUAAAUAUGGUAUUAUGAUUACAGGUAUUGUCCCUGCUUAGACGGAUACUAUGUUUCUGACAAUGUUAAUUGGACCUGUUCUCCUAACCCAAUAGCUGAUGACUUUGAUUGGUGCGAAGAGCAAUUGGUUUUCUAAAUCAUUCAAAUAGUUGUCAAUACAGAUUGUCAUGGCUAAAUUGAUAAUGGAGUUAACUACGUCGAAAGUGAUGUCGAUUUGGACUACAAUGGAAUGAUUGAAGCUGGUGGUUGUCUUUAUGAUUUUAGAUCUUCAUUGCUAUACAAAGACCCUACUUAAGCUGGUAAUCCUUAUGUUCCUUUCCCAGACAGUGUAGUUUUAAAUGGAGUUGAUGCAACUAAAAUUGGAUUAAAAAUUUUGUUAAGUGAUGUUAAUAAGUACUCCAUUUCUAACACAGUAGAUAAUGUUAAAGGUACCAUCAAUAACGAAAUUCAUGUCGGCAUUAACAUCGGCCAUGACAGAAAGGUUAUCAGAUUACAUGAGUAUGUUUUGUAUGUUUAUACUCAUAGAGACGAAGUUAUGGCAUUUAAUGUUAAUGUUGAUAUGCAAAGAACUUAAGACUGUGCUCCUGGAAGCUGCAUCAUAGUAGCUGAUUUGGACGUUUCUGGUAAACUUUACACAGAUAAUACUUAUACAACUCCAUUGACUUCUCUAAAUUAUGUUGUUGGUGACACUCUUUAUGGUCAAAUUAACUUCAUUGAUCCUACAUACACUAAAGAAUUGAUUUUCUAGUCUCUCUUCAUCAAAACUGAUCAUAACUCUGUUUAUGACAUGAGUAGUUUAGUUAAAUCUACACCAAUAAAAGGAGGCAUGCAAUUCGAAUUGUAAUUAGUUUAUCCAUCAAUAUCUCAAGUUAUUCAAGUCAACAUGAAAAUACAAGGAUUAAACAGAUUUUUAGAUGCAAAAUCAUAAGCCUCUCCAACUCCUAACCAAACAAUAAAUCAAUAAUAUACUAUCUAGGUUGUAAACCCCUUAACAAAGGCUACAUCUAACUCCAAUAAUAAUAGCACAAGCUCAUCAAGCUUGCUUAAAAUAUGCUUAAUAAGUUUACUUCUACUUCUUUUCUGA